GCCCUGGAGUCCAGGCAACUUCUCAUCCAGUCGAUCCACGUAUUAGCGGUUAAGUUUUCUGAGGUGGCUGCAAGCGUCGUCCAUGCACUCAUGGAAUUCCUCGGGGACUCGAACAACCCCUCUGCGCUGGACAACUCUCCCUUUGUCUGGUUUAUUUUUUCCCUCCUGAUUUCCGCAUCUUAUUUGACU